AUGAGUGAUGAGAACAAACCAGAACAUCGUAUCAACCUUGAUCUCUCCUUGGGCCUUCCCGUCGAGGACCUCGUCGAGAACCCUGUGGAGGAACCGAGUUUCAUGCAACUCUUGAGAUCAGAAAGUGAUUCACCGCCAAAUAUCCAGCCACCUCCUCCUCCUCUUCAUCACAUGACGCCUCCUGGAUACUACACCAACGUCAUAACCCCUUGGAAUAUCUCACCCAUGCCGGCUCUUCCGCUGCCUCCACCGCCUGGAGUCGUUUCAGUUGUUACUCCAUCGCCUUAUCCACCAUCAGGACAAGUCCUUCAGCCUCCUCAACAGAUCCAGGAUGGAGUUGGGGCGUUGAGGAAUCCCCGACCGGGACCUAGGUUAGGUCGGCCACCCGCUGGUCGUAAUUCAUCAAGAUCAGUUGCGGUUGAAAGAAACGGCAUCGUACCACCCUAUCCAUGGGCCACCUCAAAGUUAGCCGUAGUUCAUAAUUACAGGUACUUGUCGUCCAAUAAUAUUAACGUGAUCUCUGGACAAGUCCAAUGCAGGCCUUGCGAGAAGAUUCAAACGUUGGAAUAUAAUCUCAAGGAGAAGUUUAUGGAAUUGUAUCUAUAUAUUUCGAAUAACAACGAGGAGCUGCGAAAUAGAGCCCCGAAAAUAUGGACGAGUCCGAAACUGACUCUUUGCGGCUCAUGCGAGAGCCCGAUGAAGCCGGUGAUUAGCGAAAAGAAGGAAGAAAUCAACUGGUUGUUUCUUUUUUUAGGGCAAAUGUUGGGAAGUUGUACUUUGGAACAACUCAAGUACUUUUGUGACAAGACAAGUCAACAUCAAACCGGUUCUAAGGAGCAUCUACUCUACCAAACUUACCUUGGUCUAUUCAAGCAGCUUGUUCCCAGCGGAUCAUUUAGCCUGUGA